AUGCCGCCAAGAAGGGAGAACCCCGACUUAGCACAAGUUGCUUCGGAGCAACUCAUUGCUGCACUCCCUAACAUAGUCAACCAAGUGGCUGCUGGUUUAAAUGCCAACCAACCUUCUAACUCGGAGCCUAGGCCACCGCGAGAAUGUACUUACAAAACUUUCAGAGCUUGUAAUCCCAAGGAAUUUAAUGGAACAAAAGGAGCGGUAGGAUUAUUAUCAUGGCUCGAGAGCAAUGAGUCCGUUUUACACAUUAGCAAGUGCGCUGAGGGAAAUAUGGUUGAGUACGUAGCAUACCUUCUGCAAGGCAGAGCGCUCACUUGGUGGAAUACCAUAGUACAAACUAGAGGCCGAGAAGCGGCCAACCGACUUCCUUGGGAGGAGUUCAAGAAAUUGCUAAAGGAAGAAUAUUGUCCCAUAAGUGAACUCCAGAAAUUGGAAAUGGAGUUGUGGAACGUUGAGAUGAAGGGAGACGAUAUUUCUACGUACACAACGAGGUUUCAAGAAUUGGCAAACCUGGUGCCACACCUUGUGACACCAGAGGAGGUUCGGAUAGAAAGAUACAUUUGGGGUUUAUCCCCAGAAAUUAGGGGCAAUAUAACCUCUGCCAACCUGAAGACUAUUCAAGAGGCGGUAGAAGUUGCUACAAAACUCACAAACAAUGCGGUGCGAUCUGGGAGACUGACUAAAGGAAAAAGGAAGACAGAGGAGUUUGAGGACCGAAAAUUUGGAAGGAAACACGACAGGAACAGGAGAACAACGAGAAACUUUGGAGCUCAAUCACAGGUAGCUGGACAGGGUGAUGUAAUUAGAUGUGAUAAGUGCAAAGUUCCACAUCGAGGGAAUUGCAUUAUCUGUCAGAGGUGUCAUCUUGGGGGUCACACGGCAAAGGACUGUCGGAAAUGA